CGAGCAGCAUCCGCGAGCUGCAUAUGCUUUCAACGUGCUGCACCCAAGCCACACUGUCUGCGAUUCGUUGCCCCUAGCUCUGCCUGUCGCCACAACUCGCGCUUUAGGAGGCUACAGCAGUCUGCACGGGAUCAUUGACGCGCACCAACAUCACCGUCUGAACGAAGCUUGAGCGCGUCCACCAGCUGCGGGUGGCCAAGGGCAAGGCGCCUGGUUCUGCUCACUCCAGCUUGGACUUUGCACUUCGAGCCGAGAUAGGCGUAAAGAACCCGGAGGGGCCCUGAACCUACGCUAAAAUGGGUGACGCUUUCCUCAACCAGCCAGAAUUCUUCGAGGUCAACCUCGGCGAGUCAUUGGAAUCUCGAACAGAGACCUUAGCCUCAUUCCGCGAGCUGGGACCGCCAGAUCUGUGUCAUGUCAUCAAGACGACGGGUAAGGCUGCAUCCAAGGAUAUCGGCUCGUAUCACUACGUCUCUGGCGUGGACGCCUCCUCGUCAGCCGCGCUUGCUGCCUACAUCAACUCGCUAACAUACGAGCUAGACCAGAAUCCAGCUUGGUUCUCCGGCAAGGGCCCCUACAAGCUCAAGUCAGGGACCUACUGCUGCUUCAACGCCUUCUCCCGCGUCGACGUCCGCGUCGAGGUGCGCAUUCCCGGCAGCGUCGAUGCCUACGUUGUCGACCUGCGCGGUGAACGACAUCCGCCGAAUGCAGAGCUAUGGCAAGAGGUCUACCUCUCGGCGCUCCUUCGAAGCAUACUAUACGCCGAUGAUGUCAACUACCGCCUCGCGGGCUACCGCAAGCUCGACCCGAUCGCCUCGCCAGAAGCAGAGCAUAGGUUCCUGCAAGCGGCUGAGAACCUCUUCUUCAAAGGUUGGCAGCUCGGGUCCGACCCCGAGAUCCAAGUCGCCACCGUCGUCAGCAACCACCUAAGUAACGGCAUCUUGAAAUAUUUUGGAGAGGCGAAUCGUUACGAGCACGCGGUCAACCUCUUCGAAAAGUUGUACGCGAGAGAGCCGGAGGUCGCAGCGCUCGUCGCUUCAGCGUACAUCGGGAUGCACGAGGAGAUGAAAGCCGUGCAGAUCAUGCACCACGCUAUUCGGGAGAACCCUCAGUCAUACGCCCUAUUGCACGUACAGGCGGACUUUCUGAGGAGCAGGGGCAAACAUGACUGGGCACUCCGCCUGGCCAAGCAGGCUGUUAACUGCGCGCCGUCAGAAUUCACCACUUGGGCGAAGGUGACAGAGUGCUACAUCGACCUGGGCGAUUUCGAAAGCGCACUCUUCACACUGAAUUCGUGCCCCAUGUUCACCUACAACGAACGUGACUUGCAUCGCAUGCCACCACCUGCACGCUCUCACCUCCCCGUCAAACAAUUCAUCGCCGACUCGAGCCUGCUGAACGAAGACAAUGCCAAGGACAAUGAAGCGGACGUCGCGCUGCUGCGUCUGCCAGCUCCGGCGCUACGGGGGACGUUCGCCAAAGCGUACACCCUCCUCACCAAGCUCGUCUCGCGCAUCGGCUGGGAUGAGCUGCUGAAGCGCAGGAGCGCGGUGUUCGUCAUGGAGGAAGAGUACAGGCUGCAAAAGUCUGGACAGGAGCCAAGGAGCACCAAUGCAGCGGAGAGCGUGCCCGGUGCUAACUCUGCCGCCGCCGCUGAGGUGCAGCCUGACAUGGCGGCUUCCUCUGUCAUCGACUCUGCCAACACCAACGGCACUGCGGAUGGGGUAGCAGCAACAGCUACGCAAGAGGAUGGUGAUGCGAGGGCAGAUGCUGGGCCAGAGAAUGCAGAGGAGCAAGAACCAGGCGAUUACUCGGAGACGGCAGACGGAGGGGAUGGCGAGAAGGAAGAGACGAUCCAGCUCGGGGAAAAGCUUGGUGGGCUGGGCAUCAACAGCGCAACGGACGCUUCCUCCCAAUCGAUACCCACCAUCAAGAUCUCUACCGAGAGUGAUCACGAACGCGAACAAGAGGCGCUGGACCAGUAUAUGAAGGACGAGUUGACGGAGGAUGGCAGCAAGGAAAAUGCUUCUGCCGGCGACGACACGGCCAACACGUCAGUCCGCGUUCAGCCGCCACCGCUCGAGAAGCCAGCGACAGCGCAAGCGAGUCACUCUCACGAGCGCACGGACAGCGCCGCUGCUGGCACCGGCACUGUUGGAGCUGGAGCUGGCGUCGUGAAUGGGUCGGUGCAAGCGGAUAAGCACAAAGCCGUAUCCGCUGCUGUGGAGAAGGACCUCCACAGCGCUGGUGGUGUGACUGCUGCUGCUGGCGGGGGCGCGUACACUUUCAGCAACAAGCGGCUAUGCGAGCGAUGGCUAGAUAACCUGUUCAUGGUGCUGUACGAGGACCUACGAGUGUACACGAUCUGGCGUGCGGAGAUGGCACACUACAAGGCGCAGAACAUACCGUACAACAAGACGGGUAUGGAAUGGGAGAUUCUAGGCGAUCUCGCCUCAAGGCUGCAGCACAAGGAAGAGGCGACGGAAGCUUUCACUAAGUGCAUCGAGACACGCUUCUCUGCGAAAGCGUACCUUAGUUUACUGGAUAUGUACAUGGAAGCCAAAGACCUUCGACGAACACUUUGGACUGCAAUCAAGCUCACGACAUAUCACCACCGGUGGUACAUGGAGGGCUCGUUCCCCGGCGCCGUUGCAAAGUCACUCUUUACACUCAUCAAAACGGAAGGACUUGCGAAAGUCUCGUACACGCUGGUGUCCAUGUCGCCACCACAGCCUAUACUCCGUCUCAUGCAAAAUUACUUCGCCUAUGCGCAGCUCUUUCGGGUGCCAGGGCACGACUGGUGAUGUAUAAUACGCUUACAUCGUAAAUGAAUAACGAUCCACCAGGUCACCUUCAGUGGCUUUCGCAGGUUCGCAGAUCCGAUGGAACCGCUCGCGAAGGAUGGACCAGGUGGAGUUGUGCAACCCGGCCCAACUCCGCCUCUUUCAAUCGGUGCAAACAAACCAACAGAGCCGCCUCGCCUCAUAAAAAGGAUGCAAC